GUGCUGUGAUUGGGGAUGGCCAGUCAGCUGUGGCCAGCAACAUUGCCAACACCACUUACCGGCUCCAGUGGUGGGACUUCACUAAAUUUGAUCUGCCUGAAAUCAGCAAUGCCUCUGUGAACGUACUUGUUCAAAACUGCAAGAUUUACAAUGAUGCUAGCUGCGAUAUCUCUGCCGAUGGGCAACUGCUGGCAGCCUUCAUUCCCAGCAGCCAAAGAGGCUUCCCUGAUGAAGGAAUACUGGCUGUAUAUUCUCUGGCACCCCACAACUUGGGCGAGAUGCUUUACACAAAGCGAUUUGGCCCUAAUGCCAUUUCUGUGAGCCUGUCUCCAAUGGGCAGAUAUGUAAUGGUGGGACUGGCUUCCCGACGUAUCCUGUUGCACCCGUCCACAGAACACAUGGUUGCUCAAGUCUUCAGACUGCAACAGCCCCACGGUGGAGAAACCUCUAUGAGGAGAGUUUUCAACGUACUGUACCCAAUGCCUGCCGACCAGAGAAGACAUGUCAGCAUAAACUCAGCUCGCUGGCUGCCUGAGCCAGGCCUGGGAUUGGCAUAUGGCACCAACAAAGGGGACCUGGUGAUUUGCCGACCAGAGGCCUUAAACUCUGGAGUUGAGUACCACUGGGACCAGCUGAAUGAGAACGUCUUCGCUGUGCAUUCCAGCAGCAGGAGCACUGAGCGGCCUGGAACCAGCAGAGCCACAUGGAGGACAGACAGGGACAUGGGCCUGAUGAAUGCCAUAGGCCUGCAACCCCGAAACCCCCCCACCUCUGUGACUUCGCAGGGUACCCAGACCUUGGCACCUCAGCUGCAGAAUCCCGAGACUCAGACAGAGAGGGAGGUACAGGAGCAGGAAUCCGCCUCUGCAGGGACUGGGGAAGGUGAAGGUCCAGAAUAUGGGGCCAGUGGAGAGGAUGCCCUGAGUAGGAUCCAAAGGCUGAUGGCAGAAGGCGGCAUGACUGCCGUGGUGCAGCGGGAGCAGAGCACCACUAUGGCGUCCAUGGGCGGCUUUGGCAACAACAUCAUUGUGAGCCACCGGAUCCACCGCAGCUCUCAGACUGGUGCGGAGUCCACCGGCGUUGAGGGCACAUCGGCACAGCAGUCCACCUCGCAGCAGUCAGCAGCUGAGCUGGAGGGACGGAUCCUUUCAGAGUCUAUGCAGCUGUCGGAGCACGGCCUGAGCCCGCGGACAGCCUCUGGUGGGAACGAAGGACAAAGCGCUGGUGAUCUGGACCUGCCAGAGCAGGCCCAGUCUUCCAUGGAGACUGAGGGACCAACUGAAUACAGUGACCUAACUAAUAAUAACCAUCUUCCUGACAGUACCAACUUCUAUAGUAAUGACAGCACCAGCGGGGAGUCGCGGAACAGGUAGAGAUUGAGUUGUGUGUUGGUGCUACCCUUGUACUGCUCAGCAGAGACCUGUACCUCACAGCUGGCCAGGAGCUGGAAGAGUAGGGAUGUGUGGCUCUGACAUGAUGCUGGUGGUUCAGAAGGCUUCUCUAUCCUGGGUGGGUGGGAAGGGAUAAGGACUGCAAGAAAAGCCAUGGGGAAGAAAGCAUACUUAACUUCCAACAUUCCCACUGCUGAAGAGUUAGCAGGAAUAUGAACCGUACCAGCUGCACGUUGUGCAGAUUUUGAAGCCCCAUGGGAUCCCCUGAGCUCAGCCCUAACCCUGCAAUUCAGUCAGUGUCAUCCUUUGUAAAGCUUCUUUCCUUUCCUCUUUCCUGCCCUUUUAUGCCCAGAGGCUGAUCAGUAGAGUGAAGAAAGGGAAGGGGGCCUGCAGCAUCCUUCUGGAGACAGGCAGUCCUCCUGGGCAAACCUGGGCGUGAUGCUCCAGCUCCGUUGCUGGAGUGGAGGAGUCUUCCAGGCCACAAUCCUGCGGUGUAGUCUUUUCUGGGAAGAACUGG